UGCAUAAAAUAUUUGAAAAUUCACUGAAAUCUUUAGCGAAGUGUCUUGUGAGUCAAAGUCGAGGCAAGGAAGGAACAAGAUUUCGACGCGGGUCGCGGGGUCCAAAGAGUAUAUAUGGGCCCUAUACGCGUUCAGAAUACCACAUUUGUCGUUCUCCCUACUUGCAAGGUAGGGAGCUUAUAACCAUCAGAAUACUAUAAAUCAGUCUUCUUCUUCUUCUCCUUCUUCUACUUCACUAAUCGGAAGAAUUCUCUUUCCAAGGAAAAUUUGACAAGGAAUAAAUUGCAUGUGCAAAUCAGUAGACAUUUAAAAAAUGAUUUUAUACAUUUAUUUUCUCAAUUUUGUCUAUUAAUAUUUUUUAAAACGACAUGGAACUUCAAUAAUUAUAAAUGAAAGUUGACAAAUGCAAAAGAAUUUCCUUUUGCAAUAUUAAGUGUAAACCUAAUGUGCAGUGAUUAUACAAAGUGAAUAAAGUACCUGUAUUUUCAAUUCUGAAAAAGUGAUUUUUUAGAAAAUUAAAAAAAACUGAAUGGAUAAAUGACCGGUUCUAUAACUAGUGGUUAUAAAUUAUAGAGUUGUAAAAAAGUAGAAAUAAUACAUUUAGCCAUGAAGUGGCUUAUUUUGAGCCUUUUGGGAUUAAUCACAUGCUCUUCAGUAUCAUUGUAUCGUCUUCAGCAUCGCAGUUUGCUGAAAAAUGAAAAGCACAACCCAAAGGCGUUAAAUAUUUUAAAUUUUCAACGUGAUUCGGUGGAGAGUCUUCCACAAGAACUGGAGAUAAAUGAAAAAGUAAAAUAUUCCGAUUUUGGAUCUAAAGCUCUACCCCUUAGAGAUGCUGUGGAAGCUCGACCAAAUUUAUUUCAUCUGCAAGGUUCAAGGUGGAACUCUUUAAAUUUCAGUAGACAGAAAGAUGAGAGGAUACCACUGCGAGACGCUGUGGAACAUCGUGCAGAACCGUACUUUGACAAUACCUUGGAUCAUGAAUCGAUUUGGCUUGAACAAUUGUCACCUCCGGCAGUUCGUAAAGUGGAAAAAGAAUUUAAAGUUGUUUGUCAUUUGGAGGCAGGAGCAGUUUACAGAAUGGAGCCAUUUUCUCUGUUGCCGCAAGCUAUACCGACACGCAAAUGCACACAUUUAGUAUACAAUUCAGCAACAAUAGAUCCACACGAAUUGACUGUCAGUGUGCGAGAUCCUGACUAUGAUUUAAUUAAGGGUGGUUAUAAGUCAGCAGUAGGUCUUCGCCAAAGGGACCCUGGAUUACGAGUGUUGAUCUCCAUUAAUUCACCCGACAAUGGAAGAAUGUACAACGAGCUAUUUAAUGGCUUUGAUCGUACACAAAAAUUUAUCGAGUCUGUCAUGGAUUUCCUCAAGGAAUACGAAUUCGAUGGUGUGGAAAUUGAUUGGGAAAACAAAUCAAAUGCAGAGCUUAGAAUUCUUUUACGAAAACUUUAUCAAUUGUUAGCGGAGAAAGGUUAUAGUUUAGCACUCUCUAUAAGGCCAGAGGAUACAGUGGAUCCAGAAAUUGCAUCAAUGUCCGAUCUCUUGCUCUUCAAAGCCUGGCGAAAUUCAGACAACAGAACGUUUGCCUAUCAUUCUGCUCCUCUAAGCUUUGUAUCAAAUACAGUCAAUAAGUGGAUUAGUCGAGGUGUAGAACCUCGCAAGAUAAUAUUGGGAAUUCCACUCUUUGGAAAAUCAUUCACUAUGAAGUCUAGUAAUUCCACUUCUGCUGGAUCGCCUGUAAUUGGUCCGGGUCUUGGAGGAAUGUACACGAAUCGUCGCGGAACACUCGCUUAUUAUGAGAUUUGCGAAAAUUUGGGUAAUGUUUGGACCUCUGGCAGAGAUGAAGAAGGGCCGUAUUUAAAACUCGGCGAUCAGUGGAUUGGAUAUGACGAUCCUAUAUCUGUCAAAAUAAAAUCGGCUUACGUCAGAUUUACUGAAUUAGGUGGCGUUUCUCUAUGGUCUUUGGACUUGGACGAUUUUCAGGGAAUUUGUGGCAGUCCUUGGCCAAUGUUGAAUGCAGCUCUAAAAGGAUUAAGCUACUAUGACUUCCCAGUGAAAAAGUGCUCAAAAGAAGGACUGUUCAGUGAUCCCGACAACUGUUCUGGAUACAUAACGUGCAGCAAAGGGAUGCAAUAUCAUGGUAGCUGUGGUUAUGGCAGAUUUUACAACUCUGACAAUGGAAUGUGUGUUCAGGCAAGACCUGAACUAUGUGAUCCAGGACACAGUAAUCGAGCUAAUUUCAUAGCAAAGUUGGAAGAAUUACGCGAUAAACAGCAAUUGGAACAACUUGAAUUACAUCAAGAGGAUAAAAAAGUUGUUUGUUAUGUUACUUCGUGGGCAUUUUAUAGGAGAGGAGAGGGAAAGUUUGUGCCUGAGCAUUUGGAUUCACGAUUGUGUACCCAUGUUGUGUAUGCUUUUGCCGGACUUAAUCCUGACACGCUGCUUAUUCAUUCUUUUGAUCCGUGGGCAGAUAUAGAAAACAAUUUGUAUCAACGUAUAACUAGUAUAAGGGGCCCUACCGUAAUGCUCGCGUUAGGUGGCUGGACUGACAGUUCUGGUGACAAAUAUUCACGUUUGGUGACAAGUGCAUCGUCACGAAGGAAAUUUGUAACUUCGACAUUAAAUUUCUUAAAGAAACAUAGCUUUAAGGGACUGUCUAUUGAAUGGAAUUACCCAAAGUGUUGGCAGAGUGAUUGUAAGAAGGGGCCAGAUUCAGACAAACCAAAUUUUACGAAACUUUUAAAGGAAUUACGUGAAGCCUUUGAUGAACAAGAGCCUCGAUUGAUACUAUCAGUCUCACUGUCAGGCUACAAGGAAGUAAUUGACAAAGCCUAUCAAGUGGAUAAAAUUUCGAAACUUGUUGACUUUAUAUCGGUAAUGACAUACGAUUAUCACGGAGCUUGGGAAUCGAAAACUGGUCACUUAGCACCACUCUACUCGGAAAGUACAAGUUCCAAUAUGUACUACAAUGUGAAUUUUACCAUGAAUUAUCUACUUUCUCUCGGCGCAUCAAAAGAAAAACUAUUGAUGGGAGUGCCCAUGUAUGGACAGUCGUAUAGACUUUCUUCAGCUUCUCAUUACAAUUUGGAUGAUCCGGCUGCAGGACCAGGUACGCCGGGGGAAUACACGAGACAACCAGGAAUGUUAGCUUAUCAUGAAAUUUGUAAUAGAAUUAAAAACAAAAAUUGGAAAACAGGACAAGCUCCGAAUGCUUACUUUAAAGAUCAGUGGGUAGCCUAUGAUGAUUCGAAGAGCAUUACAGAAAAAGGACAAUACAUUUUACAAAAUGGUUUUGGGGGAGCAGCUGCAUGGACCGUGGAUCUUGACGACUUCACGAAUCGAUGUUGCAAAGAGCCUUUUCCACUGUUACGCAGCUUGAAUCGAGCGAUUGGUCGAUUAUUAACACCACUACCAGCUGAAGAGAGUUGCCAAAGACCAAUUGAACCUGUCACUCCUCAAGCACCAACUUUGACAACACACACUGACGCUCUUGACGGAAGACCUCGACCAACCAAACCAAUCCCCUCAAGUACUACUUCUCCAACUACUACACCUACUACUCCAACUACUAAUCCUACUACUCCAACUACCACUCGAACUACUACCUGGCCAACGUGGACUGAAAAACCGUCUUCAACCAAGGUGACAAAUACCCCAACCACAACUUGGCCCACAUGGACCGAGAAAACAUCGACUACAGAAAGUACGUUAACAACAAGGAAAACGACUAUUAAGAGUACAACAGCAUCAAUAAAAGAAACAACCACAAUGGAAGCAACAAAGCCGGGAAUAAUGUGCAAUUCUGGUGAAUUUAUGACAGAUCCAAAAAAUUGUGGAUCGUAUUACAGAUGCAUUCUGGGCGAAUUGAAACGUGAACAUUGUGCUCCAGGAUUGCACUGGGAUGAUGAUCGUGGACUUUGUGACUGGCCCUCUUCAGUAAAAUGCCAAAAAGGACUAGCAACAACGGUAAAACCCCCAACGUCUAAAGUCAGUCCAAUCACAACAACUCGUCGACCUACAACAACAGGAAAAUCCAGUACAAAAUAUAUGAUUGUAAAACCCACGAAAAAACCAGAAAAAGAUUGCCAACAUGGACAGUAUUAUUCGUAUCCGAGCUCUUGCGAUCAAUUUCUGAUUUGCGUCAAUGGAGAUCUUAUACCACAACAAUGUGGUCCAGGUCUUAAUUGGAAUGACGAGAAAAAUAUGUGCGACUGGGCUUUCAUGAAUCCAUGUAAUACUGAUUUAAAGAGAAAAGCUCCUCUAAAAAUCCAGGAAAUAAGUGAUAAGGACUGUACUCCAGGUAGUUAUUCAAGUGUACCAGGCGAUUGUCAAAGUUACCGAGCUUGUCUAUGGGGACGACACGAAAUAUUUCAGUGUGCACCUGGUCUUCAUUUUAAUGCAGAAACUCACAUUUGUGAUUGGCCGGUUCGCGCAAAAUGUGAAGAUGAAAAUUAUUCACCUGACAUUAAUCCAGUGACUGAAGGUAUCAGUUCUACAACAAGUAUUUUACAGCCUACUUCAACAGUGGAAAAUCCAUGGACGUGGACAGAACCUCCGAAACCAACUCCGACCCCAGCAAUUGAUCCUGAGAAAAAAUCCACUUUGUCAGGAUAUUUUAAAGUUGUAUGCUAUUUUACAAACUGGGCUUGGUACCGAAGAGGAAUUGGACGUUAUUUACCAGAACAUAUAGAUCAUACUUUAUGUACACACAUUAUUUAUGGUUUUGCCGUCUUGGACUAUUCGGACCUAACAAUCAAGGCUCAUGAUUCAUGGGCGGACUUUGAUAAUCAGUUUUACGAAAGAGUACUCAAGUAUAAGAAAAGAGGUCUCAAAGUUAGUUUAGCAUUGGGAGGAUGGAACGAUUCAGCAGGUGACAAGUACAGUAGAUUGGUUAACAAUCCAGGAGCAAGGCAGAAGUUUAUUGAACACGCUAUAAGAUUUUUAGAAAAGUUCGGUUUUGAUGGUUUAGAUCUCGACUGGGAAUAUCCUGUUUGUUGGCAGGUAGAUUGUAAAAAAGGACCAUUAUCUGACAAACAGGGAUUUGUAUCUUUAAUAGAAGAAUUAAGCGAAAAAAUGAAGCCCAAAGGACUUUUGUUGACAGCAGCAGUAUCACCUAGCAAAACAGUUAUUGACAAGGGUUACGAUGUUCCGGCCUUGGCGAAAUACUUGGAUUGGAUAGCAGUAAUGACUUACGAUUAUCAUGGACAGUGGGAUAAGAAAACUGGCCAUGUCGCGCCCCUGUACUAUCAUGACGAUGAUGAAUUUUAUUAUUUCAAUGCCAAUUAUUCUAUUAAUUAUUGGAUUUCAAAAGGAGCACCACCCAGAAGUAUUGUGAUGGGAAUGCCUCUGUACGGCCAGUCGUUUGCCAUUAAUGAUCCGAAAGUAGGAAAUGGAUUAAAUGCAGCGGCCAGCGCGGGAAAUGCAGGUGAAUUCACACGUGCAGCCGGAUUUUUAGCUUAUUAUGAAAUUUGCGAUAGAAUCGUAAAUCGUAACUGGACGGUUGUACAAGAUCCACAGCGUCGAAUGGGACCCUAUGCAUACAAAGGGAAUCAGUGGGUUAGUUUCGAUGAUUCGGAUAUGAUAAGGCAGAAGGCACAAUUUGUCAGGGACAUGGGCCUAGGCGGUGGUAUGAUUUGGGCCUUGGAUUUAGAUGACUUUAAGGGACGAUGUGGAGAGGGACCUCAUCCACUUAUGCAUACUUUACAGCAAGUCUUAUCAGAACCACCAAAUAAACACGACAGACCUUUAAAGGUCCCAGAAGUUGGUCAAGAACUUGAAUGGCAACUUCCGAGUGUGGAACGCGUUACGCUUCCGGGAUCAAUAAAACCUGUGUUUUCUAAAGAUGAGGAUACUGUUGUGGGUGAUGAAUUUAAAGUAGUUUGUUAUUUUACAAAUUGGGCUUGGUACAGACAAGAAGGAGGCAGAUAUCUUCCAGAAGAUGUUGAUUUGGAUUUGUGCACUCACAUCCUCUAUGGAUUUGCUGUUCUCGAUUCCUCAAGUUUCACAAUAAAGUCGCACGAUCCAUGGGCCGACAUUGACAAUAAAUUCUACGAGAGGGUUGUAGCUUUCAAAUCAAAGGGGAAGAAAGUUUUGCUAGCAUUGGGAGGAUGGAACGAUUCAGCGGGUGAUAAGUACAGUAGAUUGGUUAAUAAUCCAGGAGCUAGGCAGAAAUUUAUUGAACACGCAAUAAGAUUUAUAGAAAAGUAUGGUUUCGAUGGUUUAGAUCUAGAUUGGGAAUAUCCAGUAUGUUGGCAAGUAGACUGUACAAAGGGUCCGAAAUCUGAUAAGGAAGGCUUUACAAAUUUAGUGAAGGAAUUGAGUCAAGUUUUUAAACCGAAAGGACUUCUUCUAUCAACUGCUGUAUCGCCGAGUAGAAAAAUUAUAAACGAAGGAUAUGAUGUUUCUGAAAUAUCAAAAUAUUUCGAUUGGAUUUCUGUCAUGACUUAUGAUUUUCAUGGACAGUGGGACAAGAAGACUGGCCACGUGGCGCCUUUGUUUAGUUUGCCCGAUGACUGGGAACCCACUUUCAACGCUAAUUUUUCAAUUCAUUAUUGGAUGGAGAGGGGAGCGCCUGCUAAGAAAUUAGUUAUGGGAGUACCACUUUAUGGACAAUCAUUUUCUCUCGCUGAAAGAAACAAACGAGGAUUAAAUGAUCCCACUUAUGGAGGUGGAGAAGCUGGUGAAGCAACUCGAGCUAGAGGAUUUUUAUCUUACUAUGAGAUUUGUGAAAGAACGCUCAAGUUAGGGUGGACUGUUGUACAAGAUCCCGAGAGACGAAUAGGCCCGUUCGCCUACAGAGGUGAUCAGUGGGUUAGCUUCGACGAUGCGAAACAAGUGAAAUUAAAAGCAGAGUUAAUAAAGAAAUUGGGCCUUGGAGGGGGAAUGGUGUGGGCUCUUGACUUGGACGAUUUUAAAAAUAGAUGCGAAUGUGAAUCGUAUCCAUUGCUAAAGACUAUGAAUCGAGUGUUGAGAAAUUAUCCAGCAGGACCAUUGUGCUCUAUAACAGGUUCGUCAACUGAGUCUUUCGAUUCUUUGGCAACUGCAGAGCCUACCAAGAAACCAACAAAACAACCAGAAAUUAGUACUACGAGUAUGAUCUCACCUACUUCAGACGUAACACCAGACUUGGAUGAUGCAGUUGAAAUAGUAGCAGCCAGUAAACCCAGCACGACCACUACUCUACCCCUUGAAGAUUGCAAUGGCCGAUUAUUCAUAGCUCACGAAAAAGAUUGCUCCAAGUACUUAUUAUGCAAUUUCGGUCAACUUUCCGAACAAUCCUGUCCUAAUGGUUUACUAUGGAAUGAAGACCGAUGUGAUUGGCCUGAAAACACCAAAUGUCAAAAUAAAAUUUUAAAUUAAAGCAAACACGAGAAAUUCUAAAAAGUGAAAGAAAUUUCAAGAAAAAAACACAAACGUUAUUUUUCGUUUGAGAUGUUUUUUCAAUAAUUUUUGAUUAUAAGAGAAAAAAUAUUCUUCUUUGUAAAUAAGUAGAAACGUAACAUAGAAAACGUGUACUUCUACCUUUUAAAUACUAAAUACUUAAAAAUAAAUUAUAAUGCUAUAA